GCGAGAAGCCGAGAAUCAAGGAAUCCCAAAUUCCCAAUUCCCAAACCCCUAGUAGACCCACGUCUCCGGUCCCCCUCUCCUCGCGCCCGCCAUGGCAGCCUGCGGCGGCGCCGGCUGCGGGCCGCAGUGCUCCUCGUCCUCCUCCGCGGGCGGCCAGGAGGAUGCUCUGGUGGAGAGCAUGGGACGCCUUUCGACCGCCUCCGCCGCCGCCGCGUGCGGCAAGUGCGACGGCGGCGGCGCGGCCGUCGCGGUGGCCGGCGGCGUCGGCAUGUGCGCCGGCUGCUUCCGGGCUCACCUCUUCGGCAAGUUCAAGCUCUCCGUCACGAGCAACGCCAUGGUGCGCCCCACAGACGCCGUCCUCCUCGCCUUCUCCGGCGGUCCCGCCUCCAGGGUGGCUCUGCAGUUCAUACACGAGAUGCAGUCCAAGGCGAUCCAGAGCUGGGAGGCGAGCAACUCCCAGGCCCUGCCGGUCUUCAGCCUCGGCGUCGCGUUCGUCGACGAGAGGAGCGUCAUCUCAGCGAGUCUUCCGGGGCACGAAAUCCAAGCUGCGAUAGAAGAUAUCAGGUCCGUCGUGUCGGGUCUGUCACCGGGGGAUAAGCGAGUGCACAUCGCCUCUCUCGAGGAGGUGUUCUCGUCCGGGUCAGACGACAAGGCGGCCAGGCUGAAGGAGGUGGUCGGCGUGAUCAGUGACGAGACGGGCAGGGACGACUUUGUUAGGCGCCUGCGCAUGCUUUCACUGCAGAAGGUUGCACUGGAGAACAGAUACACCAAGAUCAUGCUGGGAACGUGUGCUUCCGGAAUAGCAUGCCAUGUGCUAUCUGCAACCGUGAAGGGGCAAGGCUACGCUUUACCAGCUGAUGUCCAGUAUGUUGAUACGCGAUGGGAAGUACCCGUGGUUCUUCCACUUCAUGAUUGCCUGGCCCAAGAGCUUAACUUGCUCUGUGAAAUUGAUAGUUUGAAGACACAGCAACUUCUCGAUAGGCCUUGCAGUGGCAUCAAUGGCUUAGUUUCAUCCUUUGUUUCACGGCUAAGGGAAGAGAACUCUUCUCGAGAGCAUACCAUUUUAAGAACUGCUCAAAAGCUUAAGCCAUUCUCGUUUAACAAGUUCUCAGCAAACGGCUACCAUGAUUUCCUGCCAUCGCGGCUUCGUCCCAAGUUUCAGAACAUUGAUGCCAACGAGUGUACUUUCUCUGAGAUUCUUUGCCUAAUAUGUGGAAGCCCGUUCAGUGAAUCAGAGCUCCUGAAUUUGGAAAACACAAAGCUCAAGGCUCAGAAGAAAAUUGAUCUUUAUACUGCCCAUUGUUGUCAAAGUUGCCAUUUCCAGAUUCUCCCAGCAGCUACAGAUAUGUAUGGACAUUUCUUUUCGCUACUACCGAAGUUUUGGACUGAGAAAGUGGACGCUGCAUCUGCCAGCCAUAGCUCACUAAGAUAGCGGACUACCUGCUGGAUGAAGAUGAUGGAAACUGACUUUAUUCUCUGGUUUCGUGACAUAAUUUCAUGGAGUCAAAUGUUUAACUCACAUGGAAUUCCCGAAUGCCUGUCUGUACUGACAUGUUUUGUUUGUUGUACUAUAAGACAUCGCAUUCUAAUUGGGCCUCACACAGGCAUAUGCCAAACUUAUGGAUAACAGUGUUUCUUCUUUUUUUGUUUCUGACAAAACCAGUAUCACUAGCAUGACACUGCUACUGGUAUUCUUCAACUCAUCUGGGAUCUGUAUAGUGGUGAGGCAAACCAUCACUAGCCAGCAAGUUUCCACUGAUUUUACAGAGACAGCACGGGUUGGAGAGCUGAACGUUUCCCACUUAAAAUGUGAUUUCAUAUGAACUGGUCUCAUCUCCUGUGCUGUGCGAGCUAUUCUGCCAGCAAACAUUGUAACAAGAUGAAUUUAUCCGGUGGUUUGGACAAUUCGUUUUCUCUACAAAUUCUGUACGAACUGUGGUUACACUCAGUUACCCUGUUGUAUUCGACUCGAAGAUACUUUGGGGAUGUUGUGCAGACAAGCGCUGCAUCUUUCAGCCUGUUCGUUGUUUUUAA